AGAAAAUGGGAAAUGAAUGUAAAUGUGAUACUUCUUUUGAAGAAGAUUAAGAAUCGUUUGCAAAAAUGCAUGCACAUUAAAGCAAUUCUUAUAAGAUAUUUUCUGAUACUUAUAAAAUGGAAAGAGAAGAAGACUUAUCCUUUAGUAUGAUUGAGAAGAUAGAACCAGUUUUUAAUAUAACCAAUGAAGUUUAUAGAAAAAAGAGGACAAUGAGUUGCAUUCCUCAAUAAACAGAAUGGAAGAAUAAGAAAGUGAACUAAAAAAAAAAACUAAAACCUGCAUUAAAAGAGUUUUCAAAUAAUUCAUCAUCAAAUAAUGAACACAGCAAUAAAACUGUCAGAUGGGAUGCUUCAUGUCAAUAAGGAGAAUGAUUUUGAUUUUCUAACUUUA